CGCCCUCUUUGCUCCGGGGUGUCGAGGUAAUUGCAAGGUGCAGGUGUGUUUUUCCUCUCUUCCUUCCUGAUGAGGAUCUUAGAAGGCCGGUGGCAUCCGUCCUGGCAAGGCUGAAAGCUGAGCACCGCAUCGCCGGCGUGGAACGAGUUUUUGCAGUUUGGAGGUGCCUCCCUCACCUGUUCGAAACCAGCUCGUAAGGGACCGAACUGGGGGAGUAGAAACGUCGUGGGGCUCCAGGUUUCUGUGCCAAGAAACGUACCUGCCUUGGAUCCAGCAACCGUCUAGUUUUUGGGCAUGGGAAGCAGCAAAGGAUUACAGGUUUUCAUUUCCUGCAUGCUUUUAGGGGCAGGUCUUGCUGUGAGGAUUAACGAAGAUGGGCAUAAAAUCAUCUAUUUGCCUAAGGGGGAGUCGGUGAAAUUGGGGUGCCCCUUUUCUUCAGACCCUGAAGAUAACACCCCGGAUAAUGACUGGGACAUUCAGUGGAAGCAGGUGAAACCUGGAUCACAUCCGCAGUACAACCCGCUCCUGGGUUAUCACGACCACCGAAUCAUCUACCCGGGACCCCCUGAUCUCCAGAAACGUGUGGGGUUCAUCUCCUCCGACCCCAGCCUCUACGACGCCUCCAUGCAACUCCGGGAUCUGCAGAUGAGCGAUUCCGCCACGUACGAAUGCACGGUGAAGAAGACCACCGAAGCAACACGCAAAGUUACCAUCACCGUUCAAGAAAAACCAGCCCUUCCUCGCUGUUGGAUCAUUGGCGAGAUCGCCUACGGGGAAGAUAUCACUCUUCGUUGCUUCACUUCCACGGGGACCCCGCCGCUCAGCUACCACUGGUCCAUGGCCAGUGGCAAUUACCACGAUUGGAUGCCCUCAGCCAGUGUCAUUCCAGGGGAUCUCCAGAUCCGCGAUCUGUGCGAUGACCACGUGGGGACCUACCAAUGCAGUGUGGGCAACAACGUGGGCGUGGCUUAUUGCUCGGUGGAAAUUCAGUUCGGAGGAGGUUGGAGCAGAGGCUGGAUCAUCGCGGGCUCGAUCAUCAUCGCCCUGUUGACCAUGGCCAUCAUCAUCGGGGGCGUCAUUUGGUGCUGCUGGUGCUGUUGGGGCAAAGGCGGCGGAGGCUGCUGUGGGGGCCAGUGCCCCAGCUGCUACUGCGGGAAGGAGUAUUGCUGGGACUGUUGCUGUAGCUACGGCUCCGAGACCCCCGAGAAGCAUCAGCAGUACUCCCAGACCAAGGCCAGCGACAUCUGUGUGGAUGCUGAAGCCCCUCACAGCCGACCCUGCAGCCAGGCCAUCAGUCGCGCUAGCAGCCUUCACUCCUUGCUGGGCUAUCAAACGAAGGGCAUCCCGUACUCUCAAGGCCGCAAGUACACCCCUCCCAUCGUCCAAGUCAAGAUGAGCUCACCUCCGGACAGUGACGUCAGCGUGGUCCUGCCUCUCGAAAUCCCUUCGCCCCCCGAUUCGGAACAAGGGGAGAUCUCCGAGCCUUACUACCCCCCCAAAGGGAGCACCAUGUACCCCGACCCCGACCCCUGCUGCGAACCCAUCAAAGUCGAUAACGUCAAAGGCUCCCGAUCCCAAAUCUACUGCGAUCCGCACAAUUACACCUCGGCUUGCUCGGAUCCCACCGGGCUUCGUUGGAAAGAUGGAAACAGCCGUCAGUAUAAGAGUGCGGUGGUUAUGAUGCGCUCUUCCAGCCGGGAUGGUCUUUUGAUAUGAAACGGGAGACGGGGGUGGUCGUAGGAUGGAUUAGGGAUGGGAGAGAGAGAGAGAGAGAGAGAAAAGGGGGAACGGGAGCAAGGAGGACCAUCUGUUCUUCUCCAUCCAGACCUCUCCAUCCCACGAAGCAGGAGGCAGGCCAAACUCUUCGCUCUUUAAGGGUGGGGAUUUUUUUUCCAUGCCCAAAAAGGCGGUAGAUUUGGCCUGCCGAAACCAGAAUCCUUAAAACGUCGUCCUAAUUUUCCCAUUUAUUUCCCGACUCCGAUGCUCCCGAAGGAAUGUGCCAGCCUGCUAAAGAAGAAAACAAAAAACAAACAAAACCCCAGAUCCUUCUGGGCAGUCUUGGCAACAUUAGAAUAGAAUCACAGAAUUGGAAGGGACCUCAGAAGGUCUUCUAGUCCAACCCCACUCUGUUCAAGCAAGAGACCUGCCUGUACCAUUCCAGAUGAACAAUCAUCCAAUCUCUUCUUAGAAACACUCCCUGGAUGGGAGCAUCCCACCACUUCUGAAGGGAAGCCGUUCCACUGAUCGGUUGCGUUCUUCUUCCAGAUCGUUUUGAUCCGGUGUGAUCUGGGGGGGAAUCCAACAAGUUUGCAACCCUUUAAACAUGCACAGAAGACUGAGGUCGGGGACGGGGGAAGGAAAAAUCAGGAGUGAUGUUUAAAGCUCUUGCAAUCAAUUGAGGAUUGGUUGCAAGAGCUGGAUCUUGCGUGAAAAUACAACCAUACAAUUUUUAUCCGUGUUUACUCCACAGUAAGCCUGCAUGAAAUAUUUACUUAAUCCGAGCAAAGGCUGCCCCGAUUUGAAGAGUCCAUUCACAUUGGAUUCCUGCCUGCUUGGCACACACCCCUAAGGAGAGAAUGUUUUUUCCUUGCAAAAGCUAGGGGGAAAAAAUUGAAUUAAUUUGCUUUUUUUAACCAAAAGGCCUGGAGCUCAACCUGUGUUUUUCUCGUAAAAGAGCCAAAUUCUGAGCGAGGAAAACCCUCCUUGCCUCAAGGCAACCCACAAGCAUACAGAGAAGAUCUGAGCACGAGAAAAAUAGGUUAAACGCACCGAUCGUUCGACAGCAAGAUUUGGCUGGCUCUCUUUAGCAACAUUUUUUUUUUUUAAGAAAAAAGAAAAAGACUUUUUGUAAAAAACACCAAAAAAACAACAACAGUAGCAGGCAUGGAAAACAGCAGUAUUGAUUCCCCUGCAAAUCCAACACGGCAGUUUGAAGAAUUUCAUGCUAAAGAUGUUUUAUAUAUUGCUAUGCAAAGCAGGCUUAUCCAAUCAGCUCCACUCAAAAGCUUGGCUUUCAAACUUUUUCAAAUCUGUUCAUUUUUUUAAAAAAGGGAAAAUCAUCAAGUUUAAAAAAACAAAACAACUUUAGAAAGUACUGCUACUUUAUUUUUUUUCCUUUUAAAAAGCUUCUCGUGAAAUUACACUGUUUGAAAAACCCCUGAAUUAGAUUAUUUUAAAUUUAUACCUGCCUGCGUGUUUGUUUUUUCCCAUUUUUCCACAAUUUCAGGAUUCAGUUUUUUUGGAAUCAGCGAGUGAUGAUCCACCAUCACCCCUUGCAAAACCAGAGUCAGGAGCUCAAUUAUGGCCCCAGAGCAAAAUUCAUUUGUCUAUAUAUACUCAUUAUUUGAGUAGCUGCCUCUGGAAACGGGGAAAAAUUGCCUCCCGGCCUCCUAAUCUUGUCAAAAAUUCAUUUGAUGGAUAGAAAGAUCCAACGAUGCUUUUUACACCACAUUAUUUCUUCCUAUUCUGAAAAGCGUGGGGCAGUCCAAAAUAAACGCUAGUUGGUUGCAAAAAUCCGUCUAAUUUAUCUGGAAAUUCUUGGAUUUUUGCACUAGCGAUGGAGAAGGAAAAGAAUUAGCGACCCAUAUCAUUUAUAUAUUCAGAACCAAUGGACCAAAUCUGCUGGAAUCUCCGCCAGCUGUAAUUUUGUGAAAGAGAUUUGUCGUAAAGAAAUUCCAAAGGUAAAAAAGAAUGGGCAAAUUUCCCUAGACCCGUACAAAAAAGGGAUUGCUUUUAGCCCAUCAUUUUACAUGCGUAACAUUAAUUUUUUUUAUUAUUAUUAUUUCUUUUUCUUUCUUUCUUUCUUUCUUUCUGUUUUAUAAGAUACUGUACAGGGAUGGCAAAAAUCUCUUUAACCAGACAGAACACGCAAUUCCUCCACUUGUGCGAUCUCAUGUCUGUUUUUUUUAAAAAAAAAAUAAUAAUACUUUGUUAUCUGGACUGGCAAAUCGGGAUUUUAAUAACUUCGCAUCGGUCUGCUUUCUGUCUGAGUUUGUGUAUGGUUUAAAAAAAAACAAUUGUGCAGUCUCUAAAAUACUCUUAAAAUGUAGUUGUUUUUGUUUGUAGACUUUUACGAGUAAGAGGGCCUUUUUCCUAAAAUACGGUGCGAUCCUGCAGGGUGGCAUUCUGUCAAUAAAUCAUCUGCUUUCACUGA